UUCUCUGUAGGAAAGACAUUCCCCAGCCAGAUCUGAUUAUCUCAGCCCCUUUCUCGCUGAUGUAACUUCUGGCUUGCCUCCUGAGCACGUUUCCCUUCACUGUCUGCCAGGGAAUCUAGAUAGGGGAAGAACGAGGGAGAGAAAAAGGGAAAUACUCUGAGAAGCUGCAAUUUCCUGGAUCCUCCUCCCAGCCCCUCCUGACUCUUUAGAAAGCCAAGUAAAGAACGGAGAACGGGAGUGGCGGCCAGGGCGGUGGGGAAGCUGACAGCCUGCAGGUCCCUUCAGCGACAGGAGAUCUCACAGAACAAAUGCCACAGCAUGGCCGACACCAGACCCAGCUGUCCCUGACUUUUCACAGAUCCAGACAGGCUCCAUCCUGCUGGCAGGCAGCUUCAGAAAGGAUGGCAAGAUGAUGACCUUCCCCACCACCCAAGGUGGAGUCACACAGCUCUGCUAGCCAAAUCAAACGGGCUGCGUGGUCUGUACUGGCAACUUGCUGCCUCCCUGGGGCCACUGUUAAUGUCCAUCUAUGUGCAUAUAACUGUGCCUUUCAUGAAUUCCAAUAAGAAAGUGGAUUUAAAAAUUAUCAUCAUUGGAGCACUGGGCGUGGGAAAGACCUCGCUCCUGCAUCAGUAUGUGCACAAGACCUUUUAUGAAGAUUACAGGACCACGCUGGGAGCCAGCAUCCUCACCAAGGUCAUCAUGGUGGACAACACCCCACUCAAGCUGCAGAUCUGGGACACGGGGGGUCAGGAGCGGUUCCGGUCCAUGGUGUCGACAUUUUACAAGGGCUCAGAUGGCUGCAUGCUGGCCUUCGACGUCACAGACAUGGAGUCUUUCGAGUCCAUGGAUGACUGGAGAAAGGACUUCCUGGACAAGGUUCUCUCCCAGGAGAAGGACUUCCCCAUGGUGGUGCUGGGAAAUAAAAUUGAUAUAAGCGACCGGCAGGUGCCCCAGGAGGCUGCUUCAACCUGGUGCAAAGAAAAGGACAUCCCAUAUUUUGAAGUCAGCGCCAAGAAUGACAUUAACGUGGCACAGGCUUUUGAGACCCUCGCAAGACAAGCCCUGGCAAGGCACCAGGGGAUUCUGGAGAACUACUUAACAGAGUCCAUCAAGCUCACUCCCGACAACCAGCCCAGGAGGAAAUGCUGCUGACCGUGUCUUAUGGAGAGACCUGACACACACCCAAGAGGCCGACGGAGCAGUGAGUAGGCCUGGCAGCUCCAGCUUCGUGUUCAGCCAAAGGAGAAGACUGCAGCGUUUAGAUGCCACAUCUCACAGCUGAUCCAGCAGAUCUCCAGACACUUGAAGGCAUUGGCCUUUCCCUAAAGUGCCUCCAACAGACUAAUCACACAAACCAUACCUGGUUGCUGCUACAGCCUUCCUGCUUCACUAACCUUCUACACCGCCCUUUCAGCGCCCGGCAUAGUCCUCCUCAAGUUGCUGCACUGCCACACCAAGACAAGGGGGCCCCAAUUCACAUCUCUGGCCCUCUCUGCUCUCAUUUUACCAGCCAGUACUCUGGCAGGUCAGUGAAUUCCCAGUGGAGCCCUGCUGCUCACCGGCUGGCCCUGGAGCAGACUUUCCCCACGUGUGCCUGAGUGAUGGUGCUCGCAAAGCAGGCUGUGGUCUUGGCAUCAGGUGGGGUAGCCCUGGCUAAUCUCAGUCCUUGCUGUGUGAACACAGACACCCAGUGCUUACACUAAUGGCCCUGCCUCUGAUAUUCAGCAGGCACAUGCUGUUUGUUGAACAGGGAGGGUGCCCAGACUCUCCUAUCUCUGAACCCAGCUGAUCUUUCUAUGCCUCAGCUUCUGCUGUGUGAAAUGAGGGUGAUAACACCCUCCUGGCACGCAGGUGAGGAAGCGUCAUGAUGAGGGACUUUCUAAAGGCACCAUUUAAAAAAGGCAGGCAGGAUGGUGCACGAGGCUGGGACUUAAGAGACUCAGAAUCAGUCUCUACCUGUGCUAGUGACCAGCUGAAUGAUCCUGCGCAAGUCACUUAGUCUGCUUCUGGGCCUUCGCUGCCUGCCGGGAACCACUGAUACUGGCCACGUUUGUACAGUGUACAGACGUCUGCUGAACAGUGCUACCAAUCCCAUAAGAGCGGGGAACGCUCUUCUUAAUAAGCAAAGGGAACAGCCUGGAUCAGAUUUUGGUGUAGGUGCGUUCAGGGGGGAGGGGAUCAAUAUUUGGAAAGGGAAGAUGGGGAGAAGGGUGGAGGGAUUUGUGCACCUGUGACCCUCCUGAGACAUCUCUGCUUCUGGGUCUGGGUUCUGCCUGCCCCUGGGAACGAUGCCCAAUGAGUGGCUUUACUGCCCAUUGGGGAGGGGAUGGCGAGGUGCAGCUACAGCCCCCUUUUGCCCUUUUGGUCAUGAAGCUCUGCAGAAACCAUCCCAAAGGCCCAUGCAGGGCCAGAGAAAAUCAGAUCCUGUCUGCAGGCCUGCUGAACCACCUUGUCAAAUGCCAGAGCAGAGAGAGGAUUCCCCCUGGCAUUCCACUGGGCAGUUCAAAGUGCUGUUAGCUAAUGACUUUGACAGGCUUCCUUGUAAAGGCUGUGCAAGCUUACCCUAGUCUGCAGUGAACAAGGAGUUAAUCUCAGCUUCCACAGGUGCUCUGGGCUGAGGCCAUAAGAAUGAUAGGGGGAGCUGGAUGAGCAGGAGGUAGCUCAUAUGAGCUGUCUUGUGUUGGGAAAGGAGGGCUCCCUGGGGAAGUGUUCUAGAGCAGUGUUUCUCAACCCAAAAGUGGGUUGCAAGAAUAUAUGAAAGGGCCGUGAACAUGGAUCAAGAAACUAAAAGUGAGAAAAAUGUGGGAAACCAUAGCUUUUCCCUUGUAGGCUGUCAGAGUUCCAGCCUGCAAGGGGCUGCUGGGGCCCCUCCUGCCCCAUGCACUGUGGGGUAGGCUCUGGGGGUGGGACCAGCGGGUGAGGAGUGAGAGGCACUGGGUCAGGACUGACCCUUGAUGUUUACAAAUGGGUCAUGGUACAAAAAAGGUUGAGAACCACUGUUCUAGAGGGCAGCCUGAGUUCUCAUUUGAAUGCUAGAGGAUCAGGCCAUGCUGGGUGGGACCUCUUGUUUGUGUCCCUCUGGAGUUGCAGCCCAGGUUACCAGGGGAGAGGGCAGUGCUGCAGGGCAUGUACAGUCCUGUGCCACCUCUAUCUCCAGCCUUCCAGACUCCAGGUGCUCAAAGAAGUCCUGAGCCAGGCCCUGGAGGACUGCUGAGGUGUUAAAGGGGAAUGCUGGUACCUCUUCCAUGGCUUCCACUCACUCACAGGAGCUUGCAACUUUUAGGGCCCCUGUUGUUGUGCUUUUCUUCCUAACUAUGAGCGUUAGAAAUGUACUUUUUGAUGACAGUGGGGUCAGCCCCUGGCUCCAGGGACUGGUGCUGCAGAGAAAAUGCCAAAUAGCAUGAGACUUCUCACAAGGCUUCUUCUCAAAGCCUCCAGCAGCCAGGGCCCUACAGUGCCGUUCAGGUAGAUGUGUUCACCUGCUUAUCAAUGGUUGCCAAUUACAUAUACACACAUUGACACAAGCCAGGCCUCCGACAGGCUCUGGUUCAAUAUGCUCAAAGCUGCUUUACUCCUGUAUAUCUAGAUGCAAAUGGGGCCCAUGACCCCCCUGUUAAUUUAAAAUCCUUCCCAGCAGAAGUAAAAGGUUUGCUCU